AUGGCAUUUGGAGCUCGUGGAGGUCGCGGUGGUCCACCCGGUCGUGGUCGCGGUGGGCCACCAGGUCGUGGUGGAAUGCGUGGCGGCGGUCGUGGCGGUCGUGGUGGUGCCCGUGGCGGCGGUCGCGGCGGUCGUGGCGGCGGUCGCGGUGGUGGUCGCGGUGGUCGCGGCGGCGCCAAAGGUGGCCGUGGCGGUGCCAAAGGUGGCUCAAAUGUCAUUGUGAAACCGCACCGUCACGAAGGUGUAUUUGUGGCCGAAGGCAAGGAACAUUUGCUUGUAACAAAGAACCUUGUCCCUGGAGAAUCCGUGUACGGUGAGAAGCGCAUUUCUGUUGAAACACCCGGCACGAAUGAUGACGGCAGUGCUACGAUGAACAAAACAGAGUACCGCGUUUGGAAUCCCUUCCGUUCCAAGUUGGCUGCAGGUGUCCUUGGCGGUCUUGACAACAUUCACAUCAAGCCAGGUGCAAAAGUGCUGUACUUGGGUGCCGCCAGCGGUACUAGUGUCAGUCAUGUGGCCGAUGUUGUGGGUCCCGAUGGCAUUGUAUAUGCGGUGGAGUUCUCGCACCGCUCAGGACGUGACUUGAUCAAUAUGGCUAAGAAACGCACUAACGUUAUUCCAAUCAUUGAAGAUGCUCGUCAUCCCGCAAAAUACCGAAUGCUGGUCGGCUCGGUCGAUGUGAUCUUUGCCGAUGUUGCUCAGCCUGAUCAGGCACGUAUUGUUGCGUUCAAUGCCGAGUAUUUCCUCAAGAAUGGCGGUCAUGUGGUCAUUUCGAUCAAGGCCAGUUGUAUUGAUUCGACGGCUCAGCCCGAGGCUGUGUUCGCUGAAGAAGUCAAUAAGCUGAAGAAGAGUUCAUUCCGACCACGGGAACAAUUGACGCUUGAGCCAUACGAACGUGACCAUGCGAUGCUCGUGGCCCAAUACCAGCGACACAAGUAA